AUGUUUGCCAGAGCUUUCCAGGGGCUGGUUAACUUAGGAAGGGAAGGGGCAAGACGAGGCGGCGUGGCUUCGCGUAGGCGCGGCACGACAAGAUGCGCGGGCGCAUUGCGUCUUUUUAACUUUUUUUGCCGCUUUACCCUUGCCUUGCUUAUAUGCGUGGCGAUCGCCUUACUCUAUUUUCUCUCGAACACUGCUUGCAGGUUAGCACGGCGCAAGGAGGGGAGCGUCGCGGGUAGUGAGGCGCAGGGCGAAUUCGGCGCGGGGGGUGCGGGAGCGGCUCACGGACGCGCCGAAAUGUUGAUAGCCUCCGCCCCCGGCCCUCAGGCCCUCCGUUGCUUCAGUGCAGUCUACCAUGCGGUUUGCGAUGACUUC